AUUAUUAGAGAUCUUAUAUAUAUACAAUAUAGUAACAACGUACAAUUCAUCUAUCUAUUGAAUAAAAAUGAGCUUUCUAAACUUUCAUUACGGGCGUUCUUCCAAGCCAACCCCAAUUAGGAGGAAGAAGACGUCGUCGUCUCAGUAUAAUUAUUCCAACACAGAACGACGAUCAAGCUCAUUUGAUCAUCAUCAGCUGCCAAGCAUGGAGGAACUGAGAUGGGCUUUCGAGAAAUUCGACACCAACAAAGACGGAAGGAUCAGCAGACAAGAGUACAAGUCUGCGCUGAGAGUUCUGGACCGUGAAAUGACGGACUCAGAGAUAGCCAAGGCGUUUCAGGCACUGGACUCCGACGGAGAUGGCUCCAUUGAUUUCAAAGAGUUUGUGGAGAUGUUCAACAUGGGAUCUUCAUCCUCAUCGAGUGGCGACCGCACCAAGGCUGCGGACAUCGAAAGCGCCUUCAGGGUGUUCGAUAUCGACGGCGACGGGAGAAUCAGCGCGGAGGAGCUUUCUCAGGUGCUGAAGAAUCUGGGCGAGGGUUGCAGCAUGAGGGCUUGCCGGAACAUGAUUAAGGGAGCCGACGUUGAUGGAGAUGGCUUUAUAAACAUGGACGAGUUUGUUACAAUGAUGUCUACUAAUAGAAAACAAACCAAUCUUAACUACUAACUAUUAAAUUAAUAUUCAUAAAUAAUAAUCAUAUAUAUAUAUAUACAUAUAUAUAUGAUCAUAUAGAGUGCAUGGUAUACUUGAUGAUGAUCUUAUUAUUGGAGAUGUUUUCUUAACUAUUUAUAAUAAUAUGUAAGGUGCUCAUUUAUAAAGAUGGCACUUUUUGUUCUGAUCA